UGUAGGCCGCUUCUCUCCCCACACUCGCCCCACUCGAUACACCCUAUAAGAGAAACGAAACCGGAAAAGUGUGAAAAACUUCGAAAAUAAUCUUUGUUACAGUUUAUUUUGUCGUGAUAAGUGUAUACAAGUGCAUUUGAUAAAAGAGACCAAAAAAAUGUUUUAAGAAACCACGCUCCCGCUCGUCUUCUGUUUACGAAGCGCGAUGUAAACAAAAAUCGCUUUGCGUCCUUCUCGUCUUUUCCCUUCCAAUCUUCAUCUACCUCAUGUCACAGCUUGCGGCGUAGUUGACCAGUCAUGUCUGGGGUGGUGGCGGUGCAUGUAGGUGCUGGGAGUCACUCCUCAUCCCUGAAAGGAGAAUACAAAAAAUUAAUGAAGGAAGCAUGUGUUCAGGCCAUGGAAAUACUUCGGGGGGGUGGGAAUGCUCUUGAUGCAGUGUGCACGGCGACGCAGGUGUUGGAAGACUCCCCUCGCACCAAUGCAGGGUUUGGGUCUUCCCUCACUGGUCAAGGUGGAGUAGAGUGUGAUGCAAGUGUAAUGGAUGGACACACACUACGUCACGGUGCAGUGGGAGCUGUACCGGGGGUGAGGAACCCUGUGUUGCUGGCCAGACAAAUCCUUGAUGCACAGUCACAGCCUUUACCAGGUGGCCUUGUUCCUCCCAGUUUCUUGGCAGGUCGUGGAGCUCAGGUGUGGGCAGCUUCAAAUAAUGUGGAAACUUGUGAAGAUGGCGAACUGAUUGCUGAGAGGUCCCAGCGGAUACACGAAGAAAGCAUGCGUAACAUACAGAGACUGGAAGAGGGUGGGGCUAAGAGACGGAGAUAUGCAUUGCCCGAAGAAGAGGAGGAAAUGCAGGGUGGACUUUUGGAUACUGUCGGUGCAGUGUGUGUUGACGGUUCCGGUUAUGUUGCUAGUGCUGUGUCAAGUGGCGGCCUCCUGCUCAAGCAUACAGGGAGAGUUGGUCAAGCUGCAGUGUAUGGCUGUGGCUGUUGGGCCGAGAACAAUUGCGAUGGUAGCGGUGUAAGUGUAGGAGUUAGCACGACCGGUUGUGGGGAGCACCUCAUCCGCACCAUGUUUGCCAGACUGUGUGCACGCGCCGCCAUUUCACCUGAGCUUGGGAGCAACAUCACUCAUGCCGUCACCACCCACUUCCUGGAAUCUGACUUUUUAGAGGGAGUCCAUCCAAGAAUGGCUGGAGCACUUAUCUUACGUCAUGAUCCACAAGGAGGCAUCAGUGAUCUUUACUGGCUCCACACUACCCGCACGAUGGGAGUCUGCUACAUGACUACUAGUGACCGCAAACCACAGGCUCAAUUUUCGGAACUCGCCGAGGACAAGAUUGGCAUCUCAGUAAACCUCCAGAGUAAGUCAUUUGGAGGAGGUAUGCCAGUUGUGACAACAAGUGGUGACAUACAGCCUGGUCCAUCACAUGCAGGAGUCUCUGGUCUGUUGGUGGGAGAGGAAGAAAGGGAAAAGAGUGACUCAAGUGAUGAUGAUGAAGAAGAAGAAGAACCAGGAUAACAGGGAAGGAGUGGUGUGAAGAGAUGAGCAGUUUGGACAAGAAAAAAAAUAACUCCUGAAUCACAACAAUUAAAAUUAUCUCAUCCUUCUUCAACAAGUAUGAUGCUAUAGUAAUAAUGGUUGAGUUUGAUAAAAAGAAAGCUGCUUUCUCACUUGUUUGUAAUGAUUUUAAUGGGAACAAUAUUUUCACAAUAUUUAGUCAUUUUCAGAUAAAAUAUUCAUUUGAUAAAAGUUCUUAAAUAUGGAUCAUAAAUUGAUAGCCUGUUCCCAUGGUAAUGAUAUUGUAUUUUGCAGCUGUCAUUCAGGGCAAGACUUGAGCUUCACAGGGUGAGAGAAAAUUUCUUAAGAAUAAGCUUUUUUAAUUGUAAUUUAAAUAUAUGGUUAUAUUGAUAACACCACUGCCCAGAACCUUAUGUAAGUAGGUGAUCGUAUGAUAAUUUUUCUAGCUCUUCAGGGUAACAUGCCACACGCUGGCAAACUUGCAUUUCAAAUCAUUCUAGAAUUAAGGUUCAUCACAACUGUCACUGCCAAACGUGCACAGCCACUUAACCAGUAUUUUCCCAGCAUUUCCAUAGUAACACAGUUCUUUCCGGAGAGUGCAUUACAAGCCUGUGGUAGCAGGGUGAGCAGACCAUACUGGGAUCCAGCACCUGCAAUUUGGAAGUUGCAGGAAUCAGUUUGAAACUACAUAUAUGCCUCCAAGAGACCUUAGAUACUGCACAAUGUGUUGUUAUAUUCAUAUUGUACCAUGUUUGUAUGAUGCGUCGAAGAAUCCUUAAUGCUUCUUAUGUGUAACU